AUGAGCACCAUGUCAGGACUUAGUGACAUUAACAUCUGCGGAUGCUACUACAUCGUUGAAUACGAGCGCCAAUAUCUUCCUCAAGUCGUUUUGGAAUCUCAUACAACCAUCAGCCCGCUCAGCUUUACCACACAGCUGAAUCAGACUUUCAGCAACCCGAGUACAGAGAAUCUGCCGAAAGUGCGCUACUGUUUCCCACUCUACGACGGAGUGGCAGUGAGUGGCUACACAAUCACAUAUGCCGGAGAGACUCUUCGGGGUAUCGUCAAACAAAAGGAUGAUGCCAAAACAAUCUAUCGAACGGCCGUCGACAGGGGAGAUACUGCUGGCCUCCUCGAAGCUUUGCCUGCCGGUAUCUUUGGAGUGACGCUUGGCAAUGUACCACCCGGACAGGACAUCACAGUCACCAUCAGUUAUUGUGGAGAACUCAGACACGACAGUCAGAUUGACGGACUUCGAUACACCCUUCCUACGAGCAUUGCACCUCGCUAUGGGAGCUAUCCAGGCAACCUUCUCCAGUCCAAUGUCCGCACUGAUGGAGGCAUACGGAUCAGCGUCGAUCUCGACAUGGCAGUCUCCGCAAUUCGCAAGGUACAAUCACCUUCCCACCCACUUGCUGUCAGUAUCGGACAGCUCUCCAAUCCCGAAGCCAGCGGAUCCUUUUCGUCUUCUAAAGCUUCAGCGACUCUUUCUUUGGGCUCCGCAGAACUUGCGCAGGACUUCGUGCUGCAAAUCUUGGUCGACAAUGUUGGCGAUCCGAAGUCCGUGGUCGAGACCCAUCCGACUCUACCCAACCACAGAGCGAUCAUGACAACACUCGUGCCAAAGUUCACCUUAAAGCCGGCCAACUCAGAGAUCAUCUUCAUCGCCGAUCAAUCAGGAUCUAUGGAGGGGCCAAAAAACAAAGCUUUGGUUGCCGCCCUCAAGAUCUUCCUGAGAUCACUCCCACUUGGCGUACGUUUCAACAUCUGCGCUUUCGGCAGCAGCUUUCAAUUCCUAUGGCCAAAGUCACUUGCAUUCAGCGAGGACAACUUCAACACUGCGUUAGUUUUUGUGGACACCUUCGACGCACGCUUGGGUGGAACCGAACUCUUGCAGCCCAUUCAACAGGCUUUUGAGCGCCACUUAAAUGACCUUUCYUUGGAGGUCAUGCUACUCACGGACGGCCAGGUCUGGGGUGAGUCCAAGGUCUUCGACUUUAUCAACCAGCAAAUCAUAGAGAAGGGAGUUGACGCUCGCGUGUUCGCGCUGGGAAUCGGAGAGGACGUCUCACAUACGCUCGUGGAAGGCAUUGCUAGGGCAGGCAAUGGCUUCGCGCAGUUCACUCAGACUGAAGCGGAGAUUGACCAGAAAAUUGUGCGCAUGUUGAAAGGUGCACUGUAUGCUCACACCAAGGACUACACUCUGAAGGUGCAUUACGAGGAAGCGAAUGCGAUGUCAGAUGAUGGUGACUUUGAGAUCGUCGAGAAGCCUAGCAAUCUCGUGGAAGAGGCUGCGGAGGAAGGCAGGACAUCGACUGCCAAAGCCAAGUCAUUCUUCGACCCAUCGGCCGAUCUCGACAAAUCCGUCGCUCCAGCUGGUCGCUAUGCUCACCUGCCGGAAAUACAAACACCUGCUGUCAUCCAAGCCCCUACCAGCAUCCCCCCGCUGUUUCCAUUCAACAGAACUAACGUCUACCUUCUUCUCGGCCCAGAAUCGCCACAAAAGCACAUUUCUCACAUUACACUGCGAGCAACAUCCUCCGAAGGCCCUAUUGAGCUGGACAUUCCUGUUCAUACGGUUGAGGUCGGAACCAGCAUUCACCAACUUGCAGCCCGAAAGGCCAUUCAAGAUCUCGAAGAGGGCCGAGGGUGGUUACAAACAGCCAUUGUGAAAGAUGCCGUAGGAACUGAAACGAUGCCAGCUAGGGAGAAGUAUGAAAGCCGUUUCGAUGAGAUUGUGGAGCGGGAGGCUGUUCGGCUCGGAGAGGCGUUCUGUGUAGCAGGGAAGUUCACAUCUUUCGUGGCUGUUUCUGAUCAGAAUUCCGAAAACGCCGAAGAGAUUGUGCUGCAAGCUGCGGACCCCCGUUUCACGAAGAAGAGGAAGGUUUCGAGCAGAAUGGCCCGAGCACGCAGGGUCGAGAUGCCCAUUUCCCAGACUUCGGACGCAACGGUGAACAUGCUCCCACCUGUUCCAAGAGCGAGCUACCGUAUGACAUCGGUAUCGAAAGCUGCGGUUUGUAGACCAUCGGGUUCGUUAGGUUCCUCCUUUGGGUCAGCGGCGUUCUCCGGCCGCUUUGGGUCUGCUGCUACGAAUGAUACUGGUCAUCUCAACGGCCUCUUUGGGUCUGCUGCUAAGAAGGAUACUGAUCAUCUUAAAGAUGGGAACGUGAUACAUGAGAUCAUAUCUCUACAAACUUUCGCCGGUGCCUGGAUCUGGGGAACUGACUUGCUGCGCCUCGUCGGUAAAGCUGAGUCGCAGGUCGACAUUAAUAAGCUGGGGAACGACAAGGACGUGGCAGCCACGGUUCUUGCUGUCGCAUUUAUGGAGAGUACGCUUCGCGCGAGCAAGGACACGUGGGAGUUAGUCGUGAACAAGGCGAGGAUGUGGCUUGGCAAGAAGAUGGGAGGCGAUAAUAAGGCAGUCGAAGCGCUUAUUCGUGCAGCCGCAGAAGGAUUUCGGUCUUCUUGA